GUUCACACUUCAAGAGCUGACGCGCUGCAUUCAUGGACACAAAUAAUUUUCUGGAAUUCAGGAUUCAAUUCGAUUCAAUCACAAUAUGUAUUAUUAUUUAUUUAGAAAAAUGUGAAUGCAUUCAAUUGUGAACUAAAAUAAUAAAAUACACAUGUGUGAUAAUUUUAGAAUAAAUAAAUUUAAAAAGUAAUUUUAAGAAAUGUUCACAAAAGUAGCCUGCAAGCUUCUAAAGCAAGUUCCUUUCCCGUAUCGGCCUACUGUGAAAAAGAUGAACCUUUAGUUAUUUGGUAAGGUAUAUUUUGUAGGCUACAUUAAAAAAAUAUGGUGAAAAAAACUAAAACAUGCAAAUAUUUUACAUUUUACUUAAAAAAAAAAAAAAAGAAGAAGAAGAAGGACCACUAACUGUGCAUCGUGACCGUCAAUGGUAAGAACUUACAUGCUACGAAGUUUUCCAAAUUUCAACAUUUCCGAUAGUCUUUGAACACACCACUAAUUUUAGGGUGUGAUAACUUUUCUCCUUCCGCGUUCACCUGAAGAUCACUGAAAACAGAAAUGGCUGCUCCUCGGUGAAGCAAACUGGAGGGUAGCAUGCUUGUUUCGUUAUGAGUUCGGAGAGAGGAAACAUAAAGAGAAAGUAAAAGUAACUUCAUUUUUAAACAAAAAAGAAAAAAGAAAAGAAAAGAAAGGGUCUGCGUAUCUGGAAGUUGUGUUCCUCCGCCGCACUAUGGGGUGUUGUAGCAGCUCAGAGAGCAAAAGUGACUGGCUGGUAAACGGGAAAGAACUGCCGAAGGGUCGCAGCUGCACCGACAUACCAUGGCUCAUCAUAUUUAUGUUGUUCUGUCUCGGCAUGAUUUUUAUUUGCGGAUUCGCAGUGGCCACGGGGGGCGCCUCCAGGCUUCUAUCGGGAUACGACAGCUACGGAAACACUUGUGGCCGCAACAACAGCAAGAUCGAGGGGGUUCCGCUCAGCGGUCGCGACAUGAGUCAAAACAAGUAUGUUUUCUUUUUGGAUCCCUGCAACCUUGAUCUGAUAAACAGGAAGAUCAAAUCCAUCGCACUGUGCGUUUCCAAAUGUCCAGAUAUGGAACUGAAGACGUAUGGGGCUGUCAAGUCAUUCGCUCUGCAAAACGGGUCUGAUCUCUGCACUUAUGACAUCACUCCCACAAGAUACGAAAGUCAUGGAGACAGAUUCACCAAAUGUCCAAAGCUUCCUGUUCAACCAAGCAAAGCCGUCCCGGUGUUCCGCCGCUGCAUUCCCAUGGAAAUUGGCUGCUACGCUGAGUUUGCUCAAGGUUUCAUCACGUUUGUCAGCGAUAACACCGUGCUGCGGCGGGUCUUGGCUGGGGUGGUGACCAGCAAGGAGAUCAUCAUGGGUCUUUGUGUGCUGGCUUUAGUUCUUUCCCUGAUCAUGAUGGCCGUCAUCCGGUACAUAACCAAGGUGUUGGUGUACAUCCUCACUUGUCUAGUAAUCGUCGGCUCCACGGGUGCCGUAGCAGUUUUGUGGUGGCUGUAUGCUGACCACAAGAAGGCGUUGGACAACAACUCCACCUCGGCCAUUGGGAAGGAGGUGACCUCGGACAACGUUAAGGCUUUACUUGUGUAUGCGAUCAUUGCUACUGUGUUCACGGUUAUCCUGCUGCUGGUGAUAUUCUUCAUGAGGAAGCGUGUGGCUCUGACCAUCUCCCUCUUCCACGUGGCGGGAAAAGUGUUCAUCCAUCUCCCUUUCCUAGUCUUGCAGCCUCUUUUGACCUUCCUCUCCCUCAUGCUCUUCUGGGUUUACUGGAUAGCUGUUCUCCUCUUCCUGGGGACCUCAGGAACUCCGAUGAAGAACAACUCCACGGAGUUGGUGGAGUAUCGGAUGGAAGGGCCUCUUCAGUAUACAGUGUGGUAUCACGCUGUGGGCCUCAUCUGGAUCAGCGAGUUCAUUCUUGCUUUCCAGCAGAUGACCACCGCUCUAGUAGUGGCCAACUACUAUUUCACCAAGGACAAGUCCACAAUGACAUCAACACCCAUCCUGUCAGCCAUGUUGCAGACCAUUCGCUACCACAUGGGCACUAUCGCUAAGGGCUCCUUCAUCAUCACGCUUGUUAAGAUCCCCCGUCUCAUCCUAACGUACAUCCACAGCCAGCUCAAGGGGAAAGAAAACGCCUGUGCUCGCUGCAUGCUGAAGGCCUGCGUCUGCUGCUUAUGGUGUCUUGAAAAAUGUUUGGCAUACUUAAAUCAAAAUGCUUAUACUGCAACAGCCAUCAAAAGCACCAAUUUCUGCACCUCAGCCUGUGAGGCUUUCGUUAUCCUGGUGGAGAAUGCUCUUCGAGUGGCAGCCAUUAACACCGUGGGGGACUUUGUGCUCUUCAUGGGAAAGAUUCUCAUAGUCGCCACCACCGCGUUUGCAGGCAUUCUGGCUCUGAACUACCAGAGGGAGUACACGGUGUGGGUGCUGCCUCUUUUGAUCGUCUGCGUGUUUGCCUUCCUCGUGGCGCACUGCUUCCUCUCUGUGUACGAGAACGUCGUCGACGUCCUGUUUCUCUGCUUCGCCAUCGACUGCAAGUAUCGCGAUGGCUCCCCCGGGAAAGAGUACUUCAUGGAUAAGUCAUUAAUGGAAUUUGUGGAGAGCAACAAAAAAACGGGCUUAGUCAAGGAAGAAAAGGGAGACGAAAAGGAAAUGAAACCCAUGACUCGAGGAGGGACUUCAGCUUGACCUCAUCCCAAACUGACAAAAAAAAAGGUCAAAGUAACACUAGGGAAUCUGUUUUGGACACAGAUAAUACUGAUGUGCUUUUCUGUGCUAACAUUUUUUUAAGAUUUUGAUUUUUUUUUUAAAGCUUAUACCACUCUAAUAUUUGUUGUGUUCUGUUUUUUAUUUACAAAGCUUAUUUUUCUUAGUUAACUUUAUUAUUUUUUCCUUCUCAACUAAACUAUUUGUGUAUUUUCUAAGAAUUUGUACAAUUUAACAUGUUUUUAUGGACGGUUGCGUGUAUAUUACCUACAUUGUGAGGGUUUGUG